AUGAAUAGUCAACGGGUGCUUAAUAUAACUACGACUCUAAUUACAAGAAUUCCCUGCGGAGGAUCACAGUUUCCUGCAAGAAUGGCUUCAUCAGGUGCGGAGAAGCUCUUGAACAUGCAAAACAUCAACCCAAAUGUUUUGACAAUGGAAUAUGCUGUUAGAGGUCCAAUUGUUAUUCGUGCUGUGGAACUGGAGAAAGAACUUGCUAAAGGUGUUAAGAAACCAUUUAAAAACGUAAUAAAAGCAAAUAUUGGAGAUGCCCAUGCAAUGGGACAAAAGCCUAUCACUUUUAUUCGCGAGGUAUUUCUCUAUAAAAUCUUAUCUUGUCUUUCUAACCCGUCUUUAAUGGAUAAAGGUAUUUAUGCUGAUGACGUUGUUGACCACGCGAAGACUAUCCUGGGUGACUGCGGUGGACACAGUGCAGGAGCAUACAGCCAAAGCGUGGGCGUUGAUAUAAUUCGGAAACAUGUUGCUGAUUACAUAAAACGACGUGAUGGAGGUAUUCCUUCUGAUCCAGAGAAUAUAUUACUUUCUGGUGGAGCAUCAGAAAGCAUUAGGAAUGUUCUCAAAUUGUUUAUUAACAGAAAAGCUUCAAAACCAGCCGGCGUAAUGAUUCCUAUCCCACAGUAUCCUUUAUAUUCUGCCACUGUGGAAGAAUACGGGCUUGGACAAGUGGGGUAUUACUUAGAUGAAGAUAACGGUUGGGCUCUUGACGUUGAAGAGCUAGAACGUGCAUUGAAAGAACAUGAAUGUAAAUUUGAUGUGCGAGUUCUCUGUGUCAUUAACCCAGGCAAUCCCACAGGUCAAGUUUUAUCAGAGAAGAACAUUGAAGAAAUUAUAAGGUUUGCCUACAAGCACAGACUGUUUCUUAUGGCAGACGAGGUGUAUCAGGACAACAUUUAUGGAGAGGGUUGUGCGUUUCAUAGCUUUAAAAAAGUGAUGUGCAGCAUGGGUGAACCAUACUCAAAGAUGGAGCUAGCAUCUUUCCACUCUACUUCAAAGGGUUAUAUGGGCGAGUGCGGAAUGCGUGGCGGCUAUGUAGAGGUAAUGAACAUGUGUCCAGAAGUAUACACCCAGUUUAAAAAGAUGAUAUCCGCUAAAUUGUGUUCUACUGUACUAGGACAGGCGGUUGUUGACUGUGUUGUUAAUCCACCAAGAAAAGGUGACCCGUCUUACGACCGCUGGGUUUCGGAAAAAAAUGCUGUUUUGGGAUCGCUUAAAGAACGCGCCAAGCUGGUUCAGGAAGCUUACAGCUCGGUGAAGGGGAUAGAGUGCAACCCAGUCCAAGGAGCAAUGUAUGCGUUUCCAAAAAUCACUCUACCACCAAAAGCGAUAGAGAAAGCCAAGGCGAUGGGUAAACCAGCUGACGUUUAUUACGCAAUGGAAUUGUUAGAAUCAACGGGGAUUUGCAUUGUACCCGGCAGUGGGUUUGGUCAGAGGCCCGGCACAUACCACUUCAGAACAACUAUACUUCCUCAACCGGCGGUUAUGAAAGAUAUGCUGGAGCGUUUCACUGCAUUCCAUACGAAAUUCAUUCGGGAGAACUCAUAA